UUUUUUUUGUUUUUUUUUUUUUGCCAUGUUAGUGUGAUUCUGAACCUUAGUUCAAGUUUAUAUACAUCAUGUUUAAGCGAACUAGAGUGACGAAGCAGGCAGUUUUUGUUGAGAGAAAACAAACCACGCUGUCUUCCCAUUGACAAGGGCUCUACAGCGCAAUGAAGAGUGCUUGCUGUUACCAACUUCAUAAGAAAUUCUAAAAGGUUAGCAGUUUCUUUUUAAACUUUAUCAUAGGCCAAAUUUGAAUUCCAGUAAAUGUGCAGAUGUUUAUUGGAAAGUGUUUUGCAAGAAAAUAGAGACUAACAGUGUUUUAAAUACUGCUGCCUCUCUCCCACCAAAAUGCCAGCACUUAGACUUGGAAUGAAAAGAUAACUAGGACAAGUGCAUUCAAAAGGCUGUGUCAGAUGGAUAGAAGGACGGCCAAAAUACAUGAGGUCACAAGAACCAAAUACGCAGCUCAGGGACUACUAGGAGCAGAAGCUACCACUGAAUUAAGAGCAGGGCGUUUGUGGAGAUGGGCUGAACACAUUUGAGAGGAAAAUAUGAAAUUUCUUCACUGUGAAAAUGAUACAGUGAAAAAUUUGUAUGUUAUAAGAAUGAAGAUACUUAAAGUGCAAAGAGAGUGAGCUUGAAGUGUCUGAUAGAUGAGUUUCAUACCUCGGAUUUCUUUCCUGUUCUUCCUCACAUGGAACAAUGUGAGGGUAGCAGCAGUUGGCAGGUGAGGAUUCAACUAAGAAAAAAAACUCAAAAAAUCUGGUUUAUGUACGUAGGCAUCAUUAAGACAACCAAGUAAUAAUUGAAUCAGGUUUCGGAACAGCAUUGUUUUUAAAUAACAUGGUAGCACAUCUUUAUUAACAGAAGUGAUCAGUUCUUACAUUUUUUUGCUCCAAUCCAGUUGAAGCCAAUAAAAAAGCUUGCUAUAGACUUGGAUUGGUAGAACUGGAGUCAAAUGCUUCAUGACUCAUUUUCUUCAACUGCAGUGAGGAAAUAUGCUUCCAUGUGGUACUUUGUUUUCUUUCUUCCAGUGAAUUCACACGUGCACACACACCCACUUACUCAUGAAAAAAAACACUAAAAUAUGUAAUGUUUAUAAUGUUGUUCAUCAGAGGAUUUGAGAAAUGAAAUAGUAGGCUCUCUUGUUUCGCUGAUGCAGAAAACAGGUUAAGCAACUUAUUUUUUUUUUCAGUUGACAGAGUUGGAGACUACUUUUCUGAACCUCAGUUAUUUGCUUCUGCCUUUUCUGGUGGAGAACAGUUGAAUUAAAAGAAUUCAGCAGAAUUCAAUUGGUAUGGAUUAAGGUGAAGCCUAUGAAAAGGAGAUGACCGGAAGAACUUUUGCCAAGACAGAUUUUAAGAAUGGAUGAAGACCUAAAAAUGGAGGCGCUUGACUCUGCUCUUCAGAGUCCAACGGAGACAUUGCUUUCCAUUCGUCUCUUGGACUUUAAAACAAGUUUAUUGGAGGCUAUAGAAGAACUGCGUAUAAGAAGGGAAACGGAGAUUAAUUAUGAAGAUCAAUUAAGUAAAAUUGUUGUGGAGAAGCAGGAACUUGAGUGGCAGAAGGAAACUCUGCAGCAUCAGACAGACACGUUACAGCAACAAAACAAAGAAGCUAUGGCAGCUUUUAAAAAGCAGCUACAGGCAAGGAUGUUUGCUGUGGAAGAGGAAAAGGGAAAGUAUCAACUUGCUGUAGAAAUAAAAGAAAAAGAAAUUGAUGGACUGAAAGAAACAUUAAAGGAAUUACAGAUUUCAAAAUACGCAUUACAAAAGAAACUGAAUGAAAUGGAUCAGAAAUUACAGAUGCACUUAACAGCCAGAGAAGAGCAUCAUAAGAAACUGAAUGAAGUUGAGAGGUGUUAUGCUACUAUUGCAUGUCAGUUUGGAAUUGUUAAAGGUGUUCAUGGAAAAUUAGAGCACAGUGUACAGGAAGCAAUACAGCUCAAUAAGAAACUAACAUCAGUGAAUGAAAGACAAGAGACUGAAAUAAGUCAUCUGAAGGAAGAACUGAAGAAAGUAACUACAGACUUGAUAAGGUCCAAGGUCACAUCUCAGUACAGGGUGGGAGAAGAAAACAUCAAUCUUGCAGCAAAGGAAAAACAGUUUCAAGAACUGCAACAAAAAAUCAGAAUGGAGACAGCUGUUAGUAAAAGAGUUCAAGAAGAAAACACAAACAUUAAAGAAGAGAAGCUAGAAAUUCUCAGCUCUCUACAAUGUGUGCAGGAGCAGCUUCAGCGAAUAACACAAAUGAAUGUUAGAAUGGAAAGUGAAUUAAAUGCACUGAGAGAAGAAUAUCAGACACUUGAAAGAGAUAAUGAGCUGCAAAGGGAGAAGGCAAAGGAAAAUGAAGAAAAGUUCCUUAAUCUUCAGAAUGAGCAUGAGAAAGCACUAAGAAUUUGGAAAAAAGAUGAAGAAAAUUUGAGGAGAGAGAUUGACACUAUUAAAAAUGAGUUGAAUGCCCUUAAAGAGAUGCAAGGACAUCUUAAAGGUUGCCAUCCUCCUCAGGAAAACCAGCAUUCUGAGCAAGCAGAAAAUCUGCACAGUGGUCAAGAACAAUCAAAAGACAGUGAACUACAGACUAUUCAGAAAGAAAAUGAUUGUACGCCAUCUGUACUAAGAAAAGACAGUAACUUUGGACAUGAAGAUGACAUUGAAGUAAAAAACACAGUGAACUUCUCCUUAAGCAUUGAGGAAUUACAGAUAGAACAAAAGUUACGAGUUCUUGAAAACAGUUUUAAGGAUGAAAUUAAUGUAGCUAGCCCUUCGGAAGGAAAACAAAGGGAGGCUUCUCCCAGGAAUACCCUCUGCACAGAUACUGAUUUAAUUACCCAAGGACAGAACUCGGAAAUGCAUGUCACUGAAUGUAAAGGAGCAGAAAAUCUAGGAACAGCAUGUAGAGCGCUACUGGAGGAAAACCAUGCAAAUUUACAACAGAAGCUACAGGACAGCACUGGUCCAGCAGCAGCACAUCACACAGAAACAAGCAAGGUACUUUUGGAUGCUACUGACAGAAUAGUUGUCUGUGAGGAAAAUGCAGUUGGAGAGAUGAACUCAAGUAACCAAGAAUUGUGCAAUACCGCACAUGAAUCAUUUUGUACUAAGGUAGACAAAAACUCAAGUAUCACAGAACACAACAGUGUUCUUAGAACCGAAGCAUCCAAAAAAGAGUGUGAAGCAGCUGUCUGCACUGAGAAGAAUGCUGUGUGUGAGAGAAAUACAGACAAUCAUCGAGUGAAUGAAUUACAUUUUGGCAUCCUAUCUUCUGCUAAAGAAAAUUCUCAGACAGAAUCCCAGAAAUGCAGCAUGUUGAACAGUGACAGCGAUUCAGAUAACAGAUUAUGUAGAACAGAAAAAAGCUCGUUAAAUCUGAUUGGUCUACCUAGAGAUAAAUAUGCUUUUAAACAGGCACAUGUAGAUACUGAUGACAAAAAUUACAAUGACAAUGCCACAAACAUCAAGAGAAGUGGUACACUAAGGUGUAUUGGUUUUCCAGCAAUGGACGCUCAAAAUUUACUACCCAUUUAUCGUGAUAAUGCAAGUACUGAUGAAGCUGCAAAAGAACAUAGUAGUAACAUGCCUCUUACAGGUACUUACACUUUAUGCCCUGAAAAAAUAGAAAAAGGAGUAAAUGUGGAUGAUGUGCACAGCAAACAAGCUGAACAAGACAGCACUGAGCAAUCAGGAGGUGACAGAAGUACAUGUCCCUUGAAUGCUGUAGCCAUGUCUCCAGAGAAGGCUGACGACCUUGAAAUAACUGUUCAAAAAGCCCCAGCAGAUGGAAUGGGUACAGAUAAACUUAAUGAAGAAAUUCAGACACAGUCCAUCAAAAACAGACAUUCCCUGGAGAUUAAUGAUAAUUCAAUAAAUAAUAUUUUGUUAAAACACCAAAAAGACUUGCUGCACAGUACAGUUCCAGGAAGGAAGUUUGCUGAGGGUCACCUGAAAGAAUCAUGCUCUUUACCCAUGAGAACAUCUGGAAAUUUAGUAAAUGUAAGUGGAAGGUCAUCCUUUGAUCUUUCAACCUCAGAUAAAAAAGCUGAGAAAACUUCAGUACGCUUCAAAUUUUUAGACUUCAGUUCUUGUACGAGAGUAAAUCAAAUGAGAAGUCAGGCUACAUGGACUUCAUCAUCCCAAGAACCUUCCGUUUUAAAAGAGAAACUACCAUGCCUAGUGGAAAACAAGGUUAUUUCAAAAGCACUGUUUCAAAACGUCAGUGAAAAUGCUGCCAGAAGAGAAACAGAACCAGGUUCUACCAGUUCUAACGGAGCUGCCGACACUUUGAAUACCUCUAGUAUGCACCGAGCCCCCCAGGGAGACCCUACUGAAGAAUGGAAUGCUAUAGCAAAGACUUUUUAUGAUUCUUCUUUUCCCACAGAACAUGUGAAAGAAGGAUUUACUGCUUUGAAUGAGCAGAAGUCAUCUCCCAUAACUGUAACUCCAGCACAAAAUGGAAGAACAUUCGGCGAUGAGGACAGCGGUCCUAGACAUAAUCCCACUGUACAAACUCAAAUAGAAGAAAUUGAGAAAUUCCUCAAUUUGGAAAGAAUUUGUUCCUCAAGAAAAAGAAAAUAUGAAGACAAACAGUAAAAGUAGCGGUAGGAGAUGGUAGAUAAACAUGGAUAAACCACAUACGUGAGCUAAGUUGGUAGAGGUAUUCCUAUAUACUGUAUGUUCAUUGUGCUUUCAUGUUUAAUACAGGAUAAAUACUUCUUGUUUAAAAAUAGAUGCAACUCUAAUUAAUUUAUCUGUUUCUACAAUCAAACACAAGCAAGUUCUUAAGACUUUGCCCUGAAGUUAAAAGUUCACAAGUUAAACAUUGUAAUAAACCUGUAAGCAACAUGAAACUGCUCCCCAGAACUUUUAACUGAAAUAGUUCAAUUUGGGUUGUCAGACUGCUCAGUUUUUGAACGCUCUGCUGCAAGUGUUUCAAAAUAUAAUUGUUCUUAAAGACUUGUGCUACUUAGAGCUGAAGUUGUUGUUGAAGAAAAUCUUCUGCAUACCUUUACUGCAGAAUGAUUUAAGUACAUCUGUUGCAGUUGAUUCUGUCUAAAUAAUGCCUCUUUCUGCACUAAAAGGUGGGGUAUGACUUACAGGAGGUAAUGCUUCACAAAGUUUCGCUUCCAGCUGGUUCGUGUUUUUCCUCCUUGAAGAUAAUAAUGAUCUCUCACUUCAGUUGCACUAUCGCUUUUCUCGUCUACCUCCCUUCCACCCCGUACCCCUUGUCAAAGAGCAAUCGUCAUAUAAGAAACCUAAAUAAAUAACGAGAACGAAAGAAACA